GUCACCUUCUACUCUAGCCAUUCAAAUAGCUCCGAAAUAUUCAAUGCUGUAGAAUAAUAUAUAGAAUGAAUUGUAUUUGAAUAAUAUUAUUGCAAAUUCUAUGCUCGCUGUACUUUUGCUUCAGUCUGAGUUGAAUCGGUUUAAUUUAAUAGUUCAAGUUGAGCUAGUUGCCUUGCCUCCUCUUACGUCGAAUUGUUUGCUCCGCUAAAUUGCUAUUUAUUACUCGCGAAGUAAAAAUCAAAAACUUACCAGUUUCAAAAUCUAUCGCAGCCGAUAAAUAUUUUCACUAUUUUCAGAUACUUAUUGCAUGGUGUGCACAAAAUUUCCAAUUGGUUUUUGGCCACAUUUUGGCUUUACUGCUUGAAAACUUUCCUCCCAAAUUAGCUUAUUUUAGAUUUUGCUUCUAUUGAUUUGGUUUGAUUACCUAAAAAUGAAGCAAAUUAUUAGCCACUCUUUAGCUUUACUGGUUCUUUUGGCUUUACUCUACGCAGUAGUUUUAGCAGUUCCUCCGGGAGGCAGCGGAUCCGGAGGUGAUAGCACGGCUACUCUAACGGAACUUGACUUGUCACUGACCAAAGCGCCAGUUGACGGAGAAUGUAUUCUGAAAAGCAAGUUGUCUUCAACUGUCGGCAAAUCAGACUCAGACACGAGCACGAUUUGUGCAGGAAUCGAAUGGAACACUACUUACAAAACUAACCUCCUCGGCCACCCGACAAACUCUUUGACAACUACUUUCUGGAUGGGAAAUUUCCAACCCCUAAUCGGACUCAAAUGUUCGAGUAACACAGAGCGCUUUCUGUGUUCGCUAGCACUGCCCAUAUGCACAAGACAACAACCCAAUCCCGCCGUGCCCAAUCCCAAGUCUUACAUCAUUCCACCCUGCAAGGAGCUGUGUCAGCAGGUGCAAUUCGGAUGCGAGGCCAGUAUGAAUGCAUACGGGUUCAACUGGCCCUACGAUUGUAACAUUUUCCCGAGCUCACCGUUCGAUGAAAAUGGGGCGGUGAAAAAUGCGAAAAACAUGUGCGUGCCGCCGAUGGAUAUGGAACACUCGGGACCUGCCGGAGUCGAUGAAAGUAAAACGGGAGGAACUGGAGGGGGUGGCAGUGCUGGGGGUUCGAACAAGCAGCCAGUUGACGACGGAAGUAAAAGCGAAAACGAAGACUUCAAAUGUCCGAAUAGGUUGAAAACUAAAAAGGAUUUAGGCUAUGUUUUCCUGGGCGCAAAAGAUUGCAGUGCGCCUUGCAAAGAGGUUCUAUUCUCAUCGAAAGACUACGAUAUCGCUCGGUACUGGAUUGGCGGCUGGUCGUUUGUUUGCUUCAUCUCGUCAUUGUUUACUUUUGCUACUUACCUAGUGGACCGAAGAAGGUUCAAGUAUCCAGAAAGACCAAUCAUGUUCAUGGCUUUCUGUUACGUCUUUAUUUCUUUCACCUUUUUCAUCGGCUUCUUCGGCCAAAAAUCCAUCAGCUGUUCUGCUGAUCAUCUUGCUCAGUCCCCGUCUAUAACCUCAUCUAACAGUGGCAGUGGCCGCAACUCAGCCCCACCUUCAGCAGAAAUCGUCUCACAGGGUCUAAAAUCGAACGUGCUGUGCGCUCUUUCCUUUUUUCUUCUUUACUACUGCCUAAUGGCCAGCUCACUCUGGUGGGUUGUGCUCACAUUUACAUGGUUACUGGCCGCCGGUCUCAAAUGGUCUCACGAAGCUAUAGAGAGAAAAGCGUUCGUGUUCCACGCAUUCGCUUGGGUCGUGCCCUUGUUUCUAACGCUUCUGGUGCCCUUUUUUCAUGGAAUCGAAGGCGACGACAUCUCGGGCACCUGCUUCACUGGAAUGCUCAACCCCAAAUUUACUCUUUACUUUGUACUGGCACCUCUCGUUGUUUCGCUGGCUAUUGGGUUCACAUUCCUUGUGUUUGGAUUUGUCUCUCUGUGUCGAGUGAGACACUUCAUUAAGAAGAACGGCGAUCGAACGGAUAAGUUGGAAAAAUUGAUGAUAAGAAUUGGAGUGUUCUCUUUGUUCUACAUGGCUCCUGCUAUUAUGCUUAUAAGCUGCUUCCUAUACGAGUACAAAUACAGAUUGAGUUGGCAGCGAAACUGGUGGCACUCCAACUGUGCUUCGUACCAGAAUGUGGGCGAAUAUGAAGAGUGCUUCUACUCACAGUCAUCACGAAGCGCAAUCCAGUCGGGAGGCUCCGAUUUCUUUUCGGAUCCAGGAACGAACUCGCGAACAACAGCCAAUUUCUACGUGUUCCUCUUUAGGUACUUUGUCACAUUGGCAGUCGGAGUCACGUCCAGUUUCUGGCUCUGGUCUAAGAAGACAUUUGACUCCUGGCGAAAUGUACUCUGCAUGAACUCAGUAUCGACAGCAGGUAGCAACAACCCGCUAUUUGCUGGCAACGCACAACAAGCAGUGGCAAUGUCUAAGAAAAUGACUGCGGUUAAUAGCCCUCAAGGAGGCGGAAACGGGGCACAAGGUGUCAACGGAGUUACCUCGAUCGUCAAUGCAACCAACCAUCCCGGUGCAUUGGGACGGAAAGCACAACUGAACACAGUUCCGGGAGCCGCAUUCGUCUAAAGGCGGCGCGACAAUGUUUCCUGGAGCAAUUUUGCGCAGUAGAUGGAGAGAAACGACUUGUAGCAAAAUUUAUCUGGGAACAUUUUGGAAGCUGCAAUUUGCGUCAGGUCACCGAAGCUUGAAAGCCGGGCGGAAAAAAUGGCACAAACUCUGAAAAACUCUCUAUAAACUGUAGUGUUUGAUUUGAAUUGUAAAAUAUCAGAUGAAAUCUGCUCAAUUUUAACAGGGUUACACACAAUCGAAAUAAUCAAUGUCAAGCGUGUGAUCGUUUUCAAAAAUUUUGGAAUGUAAAUAUUCCUGUUUUUAUCUCUUAGACGAAUGCAUUUUAGUUCACAAACAGAACAACGCUGCUCUAUUUCAACUUUUCGCUCUUUAUAGUUUAGAUAUUAGAUAACAAUACUAGACAAGACCACCAAUAACCAUACAAUGCCGAAUUUAACCGUCGAACAGACAAACCUUUCUUUUAAAUCUUGCUUACACGGAGAAAGCAAUAACAUUUGUAUUAUUACCUGUGUUAUGUUAAUUUUUUCAACUUGUCGGUAAUAAUUUAGUGGAAAAUGAUAAAACCAGAAUCAUUACUGCUGUUGGUGCUUUUUGUUUCAACUUGUUUUUCUUUUUAUUGGCGUUAAGAAAAAAAAGACUGGACGCACAGCUUUGCAUUAAUCUAAUAGCAGGAUAUUUGAUGUUGACAUUUUCCUCUGCAGUCCGUAAAAAACAAUGUGAUUUAUCUAUAUGUCUAUUUUUAUGCCUCCCCGAGAUAAGUUUCUUAUUUUUGAAUUGAAUAACUUAGGAUA